UAAUUGAUAAUGAUAAUUCAAAACCUCCUUCUCGUCCAAUGUUAUCAGCCAUGAGACUGGCUUCAUUUAUUGAUGAUAAUGGAAUACCUCCUAGAAUAAUGGCCGAUAAUAAAGGAUUAAGAAUUUCAACUAUGGGAGCUCAUAUUCAACCCAAUUCAAGUGCUACAAGUUCUGUAAUUAAUGUAAAUGUCAUUGCUGGCAAUGAUCGAGAUUUAAGUAAAACAGAAACAAUUAAACCCGAUAAUAAAUUAGAUUCAAGACGAAGAAAUUCAUCUAAUAUUCCUGUUCAAGCAGUAUUAGAUAAAGCUUUACAAAGUAAUUCUAUUUUUACUAAUUUACCUAAUGAUAUUGAAUUAUCUGAUGAUGAUUCAGCUUCUGAUAUGGAUACAAUUAAUAAUGAUAGUUUUACAUCUUCUCCGACUGAACUGGAUAAUAAAUUAUUGAGUGAUAGGUCCAAUGACAAUAACAAUAAUAACAAUAAUAAUACUAACAAUAAUAAGAAUAAUAGCACUACUACUACUAAUAAUAAUAAUAAUAUCAGUACCAUCAACAACAAUAAUAACCACAAAAAUAUCAAUAUCAAUCGUAAAAAGCCAGGCACUAAUAAUAUCGUACCUAAUUACUAUGAUUUAUCACGAUAUAGUGAAUCUGUUGCUCAAUCUUCUCCUAUAAAAGCUGAACAAUAUCGAAAUAAUCAGGAAUAUUCUGAUGAACUUAAGAAUUCUCCAUCAUUAAGUUCAUUUUAUGAAUUAAAGAAGAAAGAUCAUGGAAGAUUACGGAAAAAGACUUCAUCUACUUUAUCAACGGUUAUAUUAGAUAAUGCUAAAUUACUUAUAAAUAAUAAUUUACCAACAUCUUCAACUAGUUCAAUUAUUGGAGAUAAGAAAAAGAAGAGGAAACCUCAUAAACUGUCAGAAAAUCCUUUAAAGAAUGGAGGAAUUCCUAAACGAUAUUGGAUGAAUGAUUCAUUUAUUUCUGAUUGUUUAAAUUGUUUUAAACCGUUUACAGCAUUUAGAAGAAAACAUCAUUGUCGAUUCUGUGGACAAAUCUUUUGUUCUGAUUGUACAUCAUUUGUUUCAUAUAAUCAACAUAAAGAUGAACGAAAGAAUCCUAAUGGAAUUACUAAAAAAGUUUAUAAUGAUAGAUUAAGAGUUUGUAAACCAUGUCUUGAAGAUGUGAUAGUUUAUUUAAGUGAUGAUUCUUCAAGUUCUUCUGAAUCUGAUGGUGAAGAAGAACAUUUAGAUUCUGAUACGGCUACUUCAAGAAUUAGUGGUGAAGAAAGUAUUAUACCCAAUCAUCCAUUAUCAAGAAUUCGAUCAUUAUCAUUUACAUCUAGAAGAGAUAGUUUAACUAAUGAUAGUAUAAUAGCAUCCAAUCGAGGAUUUUUAAAUCGAGAUAAAUCUCCUGGUGGUGGUGGUGGUGGUGGUAAUGAAUCUCCAUUAAGUUAUAUAACCAAUACUCCUCCUUCAAGACUUGAACUUGGAGGAUAUCCUGAUGAAAUAUUAAAGGGACAUCCUAAACAAGCACCACAAAUGGCUAUCCCCACUACUAGAAUGGGAGAAUCUGUUGAAAUCCCCGUAUCUAAAAGUUUCCAUAAUUCAAGUUAUAAGAAUCUUUCAUUUAGAAGUUCAAAUCUUGCCUUAGAUACUAUGACUAAUCAUUUACAUCGAGUUAAUUCAUCAUCUGAUGCUAUAUCACUUCAUAAUAAUUCUACUGGUAAUAAGAAUUGGUUAUCUCAUUUAAGAUCUAAUAAUGUAUCAACACCUGAUUUACCAAGAGUUAGUAGUAUUGAUAGUAUUAAUAAUAUGUAUCAUAGUAUAUUAGGUAGAAAGACAUCACAAACCAAAUUAAAGAAAUCAUUAGAUCAAGGAUUAAGAAGGAAACCUUCUGGUAGAAGUACUAUACUGGGAGGAGGAGGAGGAGGAGGAGAUAAUAGUAUUGAUGAAGAUAAUGAUAAUUUAAAGGAUUCCGAAAGUAGUGCUAAUGAAAGUGAAAGUGAAAGUGAAGAUGAAGAUGAAGAUGAAGAUGAAGGAGCCAUGUCAGCGUAUAUCUCAUUAAAUGAAGAAAAAUCAAAAUCUAUACCUAAUAAUUCAAAUAUUGUGGUACCAACUUUACGAGUAUUUCCUGAAUUUGCCUUUGGAAAUAAAUUUACUUUACCAAAGGCUCCACCAGGUGGACCAUUUCAAGUAUCUAAUAAUUUACAUCGAGCUCAAGCAUCAAUGAUGAGAAUGAAAUCUCGAUCUCGGAGACGGAGUAAACCUUCACGACAUUUACAUAUUGGUAAUACAUCUAUGAGAUUACCCAGUAUAGAAAGUAUGAAUCAAACAAGAAAUUCUGGAUUAUUUAUAUCUCCUGGUUCUCCAUUAAUUGGACAAUUUCCUUCUCCUAAAACGAAUCAAUCGAAUUUAACUAAAGGUAUAGCUAAAGAGAGAGGAGACACUUCUCUGCCAAUAACUUUACCUGAUAAUGAUCGUGAACAUGAUCGUGAACAUGAUCGUGAACAUGAACAUGAACAUGAGAAUGAACAUGAGAAUGAACAUGUACACGAACACGAACACGUACACGAACAUGGUAAUGAUACUUCUCAAUUGGACAUAACUACCUCUGAUCAACUGGACAAUGAAAUUCUUUCUCGAGUAGAAUCUUCACCCAUCGAUGAUCUGAUGGUAGAAGAUGGAGAUAUUCUUAUGGAAUUCCCCGCUAAAGAUCAAGUAUAUCAAGACUUAUUUAAUGAUAUUAUAUCACAAUCGAUGGAAAUUAGUGGGAUUUAUGAAAAUAGUGAAUUAUGGAAACAACAAAUUCGGAAAGUAUUAGAUUAUGUGAAUUAUAUUAAACUUACCGAUACUUUAGAUAUUAAACAAUAUGUUAAAAUUAAAAAGAUUAAUGGAGGUAAGAUUUCCGAUACUAAAGUUAUUGAUGGAGUAUUUAUGACAAAGAAUAUUGAUUCUAAAAAGAUGUCAUCAUCUAUUAAUAAUCCUAAGAUUGCUUUACUUACAUUCCCGUUGGAAUAUUUAAAACUGAAACAACAAUUUAUUAGUCUUCGAAUAAUUCAUUCACAACAGAAUGUUUAUAUUACUAAUUUAGUAUCUCGAUUAAUUAAUUUAGAACCAGAUAUUAUUGUGGUAGGAGAUUCAGUAUGUGGAUUAGCCGAAACUUUAUUAGUAGAAGCAGGUAUAACAGUUAUAUCAAAUGUUAAACCUCAAGUAAUUGAAAGAAUCUCGAGGUAUACUAAAGCAGAAGUAUUUCAAACGGUUAAUGAUCUUUCAUUUAAAAAGGGUACAUUAGGUACAUGUCAAAAGUUUGAAGUUAAGAAAUAUUCAUUUGAAAAUACCGUUAAAUCAUUUGUAUUCUUUACCGGAAUUGAUAUUCAAUUAGGAUUUACUAUCCAAUUACGAGGUGGUAAUGAUAAUUUAUUAACUAGAUAUUUAAAUGCUCGAUUUGAAAAGAGUUUAAUGGAUGAUCAAAUGAUAUCAUUUAUUAAUAAUCCAGUUCCAAUUAAUAAUAAAUUAUAUGAUAUUUAUAAUAAAUUACAAGAAAUUCAAAAUGAUAUAGCCAUUGAUAAAGAAGAAGAAUAUCAAGUAUGUGAAUUUGGACUUGAAUCUAUUGAAGUAGCUAAAUAUUUUGAAUUAUUUAAUUCUCGAAAAUUAAGUUUAUCACCAGCUUCAUGUUUUAGUUUACCAUCACAAUUUGUUAAUAUAAUUGAAUCAUAUUAUAAAUUCCGAUCAUUUUUUAAAAGGAAUCGACAAAUUCAACAAAUUAAAUCAAUUGAACAAAUUAAUUCUUUAUGGUUAGAUGAAUUAAAAGUAAAUUUUGAACUUGAUGUAUUACCAAAUGGAGAAAUUGAUUUAAUAUCAAUUAUGAAAUUUGCUAGUGAAAAAGUUUUAAAAUCAUUUGUAUCUGAUUAUCAUAGUCGAGCAAGAAUUUGGACUAAUUAUAUGAGAUAUUUACCAUUAUUACUUGAACCAAGUAAAAGUAUUGAUGUAUUAAGAUCAACCGUUUCUAUUAAACAUGCAACUCCAUGUUCAGGACCAGAUAUUAUUCCAAUUCCUUAUUAUGCUGAUAAAGAUUCAUGUCUUGGAUCAUUUAUUGAUCAAUUAUUUCAUGAAUCAUUAACUGAAUGUGAUGAAUGUGGUGAAAGUCAUCUUGAUCAUUAUAAAACUUUUGUUCAUGGACGAGCUAAAUUAGAUUUUAUUCUUGAAAAAUUCGAAGGUAUAACUGAUCAACAAGAUUUUCAAGGUAAAAAUCAAAGAGUUAUGUGGAGUUAUUGUAAAAUUUGUAAUUUUACUUCACCAAUUGUUGCAAUGAAUGAUAAUACUUAUUAUUAUUCAAUUGGGAAAUUUCUUGAAUUAUCAUUUUAUGGUGAAAAUGUUAUACCUACCAGUCCAUUAUGUAAUCAUGAUUUUUUUAUAAAUCAUAUAAGAUGUUUUGGAUUUAAUGAUUUAGUUAUUAGAAUUGAAUAUUCUAAAAUUGAUACUUAUGAAGUUAUUCCACCAAAGAAACAAUUAGAAUUUAUUGCUGAUGUAGAUAUUAAAUUAAAAAUUGAAUUAUUUAAUUUUAUUAAAUCAAAGACUAAUCAAUUCUUUGAAAGUGUAUCAAAAAGAUUAAAUCGAGUUAAAAUUGAUAUUUUUGAUAAAGGUGAAGAUGGUUUACAAGUGAUUGAAGAUUUAAAAAUUAAAUUAGAAGAUCAAAUUAAUACUAUUAAUGAAAAGACAUUAUUUAUUUAUAAUUCGAAUUUACCAACUAAUCAUUUAUGUUUAAAUAUAAUCCUUAGAGAAUUACAACAAUUAGGGGUAUCUUGGGAUAGUGAAUUUAAUGAUUUUGAACGGAAUUUUAUGCCGACAGAAAAUGAAAUUACGAAAAUGACUCAAUUCCAUUUACGGAAUUUAUUAGAUAAGUAUAGUCAUGAAAAGGAGAGUGAAUUAAAGGAAAAGAAAGAUAAAGAGAAAGAUAAGGAGAAAGAGAAAGAUAAGGAGAAAGAGAAAGAUAAAGAAAAACCUAAAGAUAAAGAAAAACCUAAAGAUAAAGAUAAGGUACCUCUUAAUGAAAAGGAUCAACCUAUAGAAACUCCUAAAUUAUCGGAUAAAGAACCUCAAACUCCCAAGGAAGGAGAUGAUCAGGAAUCCCAAAAUCCUCCAUCUGUGAAAGUAGAUUUACCAUUGAAUCAACUGUUGGGCAUGUCAUCAAGUAAUAGUAAUCCAUCAACAACUAGUAGAACUACGAGAGAUAAUAACAUUUGGGAAAAAGUUAGUAAAUUCGAAGAGUUGCUUGAUUUACAACGUCCAACACCAACAUCAAUUAACUCUAGUACUGGAACACCGUUGCAUGCAUCUGGUACUGGUUCUGGUUCUGGUUCUGGUACUGCCUCUGGUUCUGGUACUGCCUCUGGUUCUGGUCCAGCAACUGGAACAGGAUUCAGAAGAGCAUCUUUAACCCGAAAGGAAUCCGACGCUUCAUUGAAUGCAUUAAUUAAUGGUCCUAAUAAAGUAACACAUUUAGCUAAUUACUUCAAUAACUUAAACCUCGAUCAAAUCUCCAUGGAAUUCAAGAAACAGAGACAACAGGAAUUACAAAAGAUAUCCAAUAAAUUUAAAGCUCGUAAUGUGGUUGAAUCAAAACCUAUUGUAGAGAUUUAUAAUAAGAUUGAAGAUGUAGUGGAUGUUAGUGAAGAUAAGAAACGAAUUACUGAAGAUACAAAUUCUAAAUCAAUAUCUCCUCCAUUAAGAAAAGAUGUAUCUUCUGUACCUCCAACUACUACACCAGCAAUUAGUACUGGUACAACAACAACAGCUACUACUACUACUGGUACUGGUACUGGUACAACCACUACUAAUACUAAUAAUUCAAGUAAUAAUACUACAAAUACUACUAAUCAAAGAAUUGAAAUUCCUCAACCAGAAAAGGUAUCUAUAUUAAAAUCUUUAACUAAUUUUUGGGCUGAUAGAUCAGCUACAUUAUGGGAUCCAUUAGAAUAUCCAUUAGAUUCUCAUGAACAUACAUUUGCUGAUUCAGAAGUUAUUGUAAGAGAAGAUGAACCUUCUUCUUUAGUAGCAUUCUGUUUAUCAUCCAAUGAUUAUAAAAGUAAAAUUCAAGCUGUAAUGGAAAGAAUAGAAUUAGAAGAUGAAGAAGAAGAAGAAAUUCUUGAAGAUAUGCCCAGAAAUAAAAAAUCUAGUGAUAAAGAAGAAAGUGAUGAAGUUGAAGAAUCUCCAGAAAAUGUUAAUGAUAUGAAGAAAAAGAUUAAUUUCUUAAAACUUGAAAAAAAAUAUAAGAAAUCAACUAAUUAUAGUACUAAAACCAAUGUAUUAGAAAAGAUUAUGAUUAAAAAUAAAACUAGUCAUUUAAAAUAUCAAUUUAAUGAUGGAAAUACUAAUUUAUCAUGUAAAAUCUUUUAUAGUGAACAAUUUGAAGCAUUAAGAAAAUCUUGUGGUAAUGAUGAUAGUUUUAUUCAAAGUUUAAGUCGAUGUGUUAAAUGGCAAAGUAGUGGAGGUAAAAGUGGAUCUAAUUUUUUAAAGACUUUAGAUAAUCGAUAUAUUGUUAAAGAAUUAAGUAAAUCAGAAUUAGAAUCAUUUGUAUCGAUUGCUCCAUUUUAUUUCCGAUAUAUUUCUCAAUCAGUAUUUAAUACUUUAACUACAGCAAUUGCAAAAAUAUUUGGAUUUUAUCAAAUUGAAAUUCGAAAUAAGAAUACAAAUCAAAAGAUAUUUAAAAUGGAUUUUUUAAUUAUGGAGAAUUUAUUUUAUAAUCAACAAACUACAAGAAUUUUUGAUUUAAAGGGUUCAAUGAGAAAUAGACAUGUUCAACAAACUGGGAAAGAAAAUGAAGUUUUAUUAGAUGAAAAUAUGAUUGAUUAUAUUUAUGAAUCACCAAUAUUUGUUAAAGAACAUCUGAAAAAAUUAUUAAAGGGUUCAUUAAGUAAUGAUACUAGUUUUUUACUGGCAAUGGAUGUAAUGGAUUAUUCAUUAGUUAUAGGAAUUAAUGAUCAAACCAAAAAGAUUUAUGUUGGUAUUAUAGAUUGGCUUAGAACUUUUACUUGGGAUAAAAGAGUUGAAAAUUGGGUUAAGGGGAAUAAUUUAAUUAUUGGUAAGAAUAUUAAAAAGGAUCCAACUAUUGUAACUCCUAAACAAUAUAGAAUCCGUUUUAGAGAAGCUAUGGAUAGAUAUAUUUUAGAAGUCCCUGAUAUUUGGUAUAAAGGUGAAGAAAAAGUUGCUAAUAAAUGGAAGAAUUAG